UUUUUUUUAGGAAAAAAAAAGAAAAAAUCAGGAAAAAAAAAUCGCCUGAACAAACAAGACAAAACAAAACAAACCAAACCCACAAAAAAUAAAAUAACCAAAAUUAAGAAAAUGGAAACGUUGGUUGAUUAUUAUUUGUUGGGGUAAUUAAUAAUCGAAAAAUCGUUUUUCCUUCCCAUUUCUUGGUGGUGGUGGCCCACCGGCUGAGGCGCUGCAGAAGUUAAAAAUGGGGAGGAAGAAUAAGUCGUCGUCGGAAAAUUCGCCGGAGUCAGACAUCGAGAUCAAGGUCCAACCUCGUGGGACCGACCCACAUCCGGUGGGGGGCCCGUUUAACACCCCACAACAAAGACCACCAUCCCAGUUUUACAGCCCGCCGCCGAGAUCGUCGCCCCCGCCUUCUUCCGGCCGGCUCUUCAAGAACUGGGUCCCUUGGUCGGUUCCCAUCAUCGUGGCCGUCAAUAUCGGACUGUUUGUCUGGGCAAUGCACGAGAACGAUUGCCCCCAGAAUUCCGACAACUGCAUCGGCGCCUCCUUUCUCGGCCGAUAUGCUUUUCAGAGCACCAAGGAGAACCCAUUGCUCGGCCCCUCCGCGGUUACGCUGCUGAAGAUGGGAGCUCUGGAAGCAAAGAGAGUGGUGGAGGAACACCAAGUAUGGAGGUUGGCCUCCUGCAUGUGGCUACACGCCGGCGUGUUCCACGUUCUAGCCAACAUGUUGAGUCUCCUCUUCGUCGGCAUUCGGCUCGAACAGGAGUUUGGCUUCGUGCGGAUAGGGGUGGUUUACGUAGUAUCUGGAAUUGGGGGAAGUUUAUUAUCAUCACUGUUUGUGAGGAAUACCAUAUCAGUGGGUGCAUCUGGGGCAUUAUUUGGUUUGCUUGGUGCCAUGCUUUCUGAACUCCUCAUCAAUUGGACCAUUUAUGAAAAUAAGUUGGCAGCCUUGUCGACACUGUUGUUCAUCAUCAUGAUCAAUUUAGCGGUUGGAAUACUGCCUCAUGUGGAUAAUUUUGCACAUUUGGGAGGAUUCGUGACAGGUUUUUUACUAGGGUUUGUGGCACUAAUUAGACCACAAUUUAAAUAUGUAAACCAAAAGAAUGCACCACCCGGGUUCUUCGUUGGACCACCAAAGUCUAAGUACAAGGCUUACCAGUAUGCAUUCUUGUUCAUCUCUCUUAUCGUAUUAGCAGCCGGAUUUACAGUGGGGUUGAUUGUGCUGAUGAGAGGAGUAGACGGGAAUGAUCAUUGUUCAUGGUGUCAUUACUUGAGCUGCAUUCCUACCCCUUUAUGGACCUGUGAAGCUCGAUGCACGUCCAGCCGAAUCGAGAACCAGGUGAAUCUCACGUGUUUGGCAAAUCACAAGAGCGGUUUUUAUAUAUUGCGAAACGGAAAUAGCACUCCCGAGAUUCAGAGGCUUUGUACUGCGCUUUGCAGCUAGCUCACCCCACCAUGAAUUAACCCAUUCAUAAAUAUUCGAAAUAUGCGAAUUAAUUAACAUUUUUUUCUCAAUGCAAAUGGAGCAAUUUGAAGAACUGAUUGUUACGAUGUUGUAUCUUUUAUUCUUCUUCUUUCUUUCUUUUUUUCUCAAUAUAAACUUUAUGGGUUAAAUUAGAAAAAAU